AAAUAAAAAUGUGUCCUUUUCAAAAUUAAGAAAGAAGUUUGAUAAAAUUUCAUUUGAAGAUUAUGUAAAGGAUGACACUAACAAACAAUCUCAAUCACAUCAACAUACAAGAGAUAAAUUAGUAAAAAAACAACCAUUACAAUCACAAAAAAAGAAAUGUUUUUAUGUUAAAACUGAAAAAAAAAUUAAACCUACAAGGCUAAAAAGAGAUAUAGAGUUAUAUAAUAGUAUAAAAGAAAGUUAUUUUAAAAAAGAAAAUUCAACUCAAUUAGAAAAUGAAGAAAGUAAAGUAGAGACAGCAACCACACCACCAACUAAACUAUUGGAUGAUAAUAGUACCAUAGAUAACAAUAACAAUAGUGAUAAUAGUAAUGGCGACAAUAAUGGCGAUAACAAUAGCAAUAGCAAUAGCAAUAGCAAUACCAAUAAUGAUACCGAAAAUAAUAAUAAUAGUAGCGAUAUAAUUACAACAAAUACAACAAAUGUUAACAUUAAAGAAUAUAUAAAUCAAAUUUUACCAAAUAAAGAGAUUGAUAAUACUUGUAAAGAGUUGAUCAGGAUAUUAAAGGGAUUUCAAGAGAAAUCUUUCCAAAAUAAUAACCCAAAUAAAGUAAAAAAAAGAUUUGUUAGUGGUUUAAGAGAAGUUUUAAAAUUAUUGGAAGUAGAUAAAAUAUCAUGUGUUAUAAUAUCUUCAAAUAUAGAGGAGAAUGGAGCAUUAAAUAAAUUGGUAGAGGAUAUUAUUAGGUUAUGUAGGUCGAAAAAAGUACUAUAUACAUUUGCAUUAUCCAGUAGAAGUUUAGGUAAAUCAAUUGGUAAAACAAUUAAAAUCAGUGUCUUAGGGAUAUUAGAUUAUGAUGGAGCAAAUGAAAUUUAUCAAAAAUUAUUUAAUCAAACUAAACAAUCUAGAGAUGAAUUUUUUAAAUUGCAAAAUAUAAUUAAAAAUAAUAAUAGUAAUGAUAAUAAUAUAGAUAAUAAUGCUAUAAUAGGAUCACCCACAAUAAAUACCUCUGCAGCAAAUACUAGCGAAUUAAAUGAAACAGAUAAAAUCAAAAUUUUGUUAGACAGAAAUGAAAAUAUCGAAAAAUAUAAAGAAAUAGAGGCAUUGUAUAAAAAUGAAAAAAAGAAAAUAAAACAGCAGCAUAAAGAAAAACUUAAAGAAUUCGAAGUUAUUAGAAAACAAAAAAAUGAUGAAAGAGAACAAGAGGCAAAGAGAAUUCAAUUACAAAGACAAAAAGAAAAUCAAGAACAACAGAAACUAAAACAAAAAAUUGAAAAAGACAAAGAAAAAGAAAAAUUUAAUAAUACUGUAAAUAAAAAACAAACAAAUAAAUUAAUUCCUUCUGGUGACGUUUCAGAUCAACUAUUAUAUGACAAUAGGGAUGAAAUUAAAAACAAUAAAAAUAGCAAUAGCAAUAAUAAUAAUAAUAAUAAUAAUAAUAAAAAACAAAAUAGUAAUAAUCAAAAAAAUAAACCUAAAAAACAAAUUUAG